UAUAAAAAAAGAAAGAAAAUUGUAUGGUUUGACUACUUAACCUUUUGAAGAAAAACAAUUUUAUUUGCUCCCACUAAUGGAUUGAUACGCACGUGACAAUGAAUCCAUCAUUAUUGACUUAAUGAGAUACUUUGGAAAUUACAUGAAUAUUGUUUGAUUUUUUAAUAUGGGGUGCACUUUUUUUUUUUUGACAUUAUUAAUUUGCACUAUUUUUAUUUUUUAUAUUGCUUGGUGUUGUUUAGUAUGAGGCCCACCCUUUUGGACAUUAUUAGUUUGCACUAUUUUUAUGCAUAUAAUAUAUAUAUAUAUACUAUGUUCAAAACACGAUUAAUAUAACAUUGUAGUUUGUGCUCUGUAUCUAAAACCUUAUUAUAUUAGUGUUUGCUACGAAUACAAAGUCUGCACUUUUUUUUUGACAUUGUUUGUUUUUUUAAUAUGUGAUUCACUUUUUUUUUUUUUAUAUUGCUUGAUUUUGUCAAUAUGGAAUACUAUGUUCAAAACACGAUUAAUAUAACAUUGUAGUUUGUGCUCCGUAUUUAAAACUUUAUUAUAUUAGUGUUUACUACGAAUACAAAGUCUGUACUUUUUUUUUUUGACAUUGUUUAUUUUUUUAAUAUGAGAUUCACUUUUUUUUUAUAUUGCUUAAUUUUUGUUAAUAUGGGGUCCACUUUAUUUUCCCGUGAGUUUGGAUGUGGUGGGUUCCAUUUUUUUUUUUUUUAAUACUGGUUGGUGUUUAAUAUGGAGCCCAAUUUUUUUUUUUUAAUAUUAGUUGUUGUUUUAUGGGGCCCAUAAUAUAUAUAUAUAUAUAUAUUUUAUUUUAUUUUAACUUGGAAGACCACCAAAGAGAGCCGGUUGGACGAGGAAAAAGGAGCCCAACCGGCUCUUGUAAAUAGUUAGAAAUAUAUAUAUGUAACCCUUUGCUCAAUACGUGCUUUUCAUUUCCAUUACUAUUAUCUUUCAAAAAACCAUGCAGCUUAGGCAAGUUGCUCUUUUUUCUUUCACACUUGUGCUAAUCUUGACAUUAGCCACAGCCCAAAUUAUCCCUACUAACACCACUACUCCUCCUCCCAUCACCACCACUCCUCCUCCAACGACAAACACCACAUCUCUGCCAACCAACACUACCACCACCAUUACCAAAGCUGCUAACAUUACAAAACCAGGAUGUCCGAAAAAGUGUGGGAACCUUUCAGUGCCAUAUCCUUUUGGGAUUGGAUUAGGAUCUGGUUGUGCAUUAAACCCGAAUUUCGAGAUCAAUUGUGACACUAAGACAACUGGUACUCCGAAACCCUUCAUAUGGAACAUUCCGGUUUAUGACAUCUCGGACGCUGAAAUGCGCGUAUCAAGUACGUUAAGUCGGAGGUGUUAUUCAUCAACAGGAAUGUUGCUUCGAGAUGAUCCUGCUUGGAUGAGUUUAGGAACCUCAAGUCCUUACAGUUUCUCUAUCCUCAGCAGAUUCACCGUCGUUGGUUGUGACGAAGCUGCAAUAAUAGUUGGACACGACUUCGCUAAUGGCUGCCCCAGUGUCUGUAUUAGUUCAGAUCAAGUAGUUGAAGGAAGAUGUAUGGGCGCUGGUUGGUGCCAAAUAACAAUACCAAAAGGCUUGAAAUAUUUCAACACAACAAUGCAAAGCUCCAAACAAAAUCACAGCUUAGUUUGGUCUUUUAAUCCAUGUGGUUAUUCAUUUCUUGGUGAGGCAAGUCGAUUCCAAAUCAAUGGCAUACAAGAUCUCAGUGAUGUUAAUUUUGUAAAGAAGAUUUUGGAUAAUGUUCCUAUUAUGCUAGAUUGGGCUAUUGGAAAUAUAAGUUGUGUCGAAGCGCAGAAACGUAACGAUUAUGCUUGCUUGCGUAAUAGCCAGUGUAUCGAUUCCGACACUGGCCUUGGUGGUUAUAGGUGCAGCUGUAACCCGGGAUAUGAAGGCAAUCCAUACAUCGGCCCAGCUUGCCAAGAUAUUGAUGAAUGUGCGGAUCCAAAUACCAAUUCAUGUGAACACAAUUGCAUAAAUACACCGGGGAGUUACAAUUGUUCCUGUCCAGAAGGAUACACCGGUGAUGGAAAAAAGAAUGGCCGUGGUUGUAUUGCACCAAACUCGAACUCGGAGUUCCCAUGGAUCAAGUUUUCUGUAGGUAUGGGAGUUGGUUUUAUGUCCCUAAUAGUUGGGAUGACUUGGCUUUAUUUCAGCAUCAAGAAAAGAAAACUAAAUAAACUUCGAGAGAAAUUCUUCCAACAAAAUGGUGGUUUGCUCUUGAAACAACGAAUCUCUUCUAACGAGGGUGGUGUGGAAGCAACCAAAAUUUUUACAGCGGAGGAGUUGAAAAAGGCUUCAAACAACUAUGCCAGUGAUAGAAUUCUUGGUCGUGGUGGAAUAGGAAUUGUCUAUAAAGGUAUUCUACUUGAUAACCGCAUAGUUGCAAUUAAGAAAUCUAAGUUUGUGGACGAGGAUCAGACUGAACAGUUCAUCAAUGAGGUACUUAUUCUUACUCAAGUCAACCACAGAAACGUGGUGAGGCUCUUUGGGUGUUGUUUGGAAGCUGAAGUGCCUUUACUGGUCUAUGAAUACAUUUCUCAUGGAACUCUUUACGAGCAUAUCCACAAUCGAAAUGGAGCACCUUGGUUAUCUUUGCAAAAUCGACUACGAAUUGCUACUGAGACAGCAAGUGCACUUGCUUACCUUCAUUCAUCAGCGCAAAUGCCUAUUAUACACAAGGAUGUCAAGUCUGCCAAUUUAUUAUUGGACGUUGUUUACACUGCGAAAGUGGCGGAUUUUGAAGCUUCAAGAUUAAUCCCUCUUGGUCAAACACAUAUUGCUACAUUGGUUCAAGGGACAUUAGGGUACUUGGAUCCUGAAUAUUUUCGCACAAGUCAAUUGACUGAGAAAAGUGACGUGUAUAGUUUUGGAGUAGUUCUUGCAGAACUUUUAACAGGGAUGAAACCUAUUUCGAGGGACAGAAAUGAUGAGGAUGACAAGAUCAAUUUGGCAGAAUAUUUUGUCCUGUCCAUGAGAAAGAAUCAAUUGUUUCAAAUUCUUGAUCGUCAAGUGGUAAGAGAAGGAAGUCUUGAGCAACUCCAAAAGGUGGCCGAGCUAGUGAAAAAUUGUCUUAAAUUUCAUGGAGAAGAUAGACCUACAAUGCAAGAAGUAGCAUCGGACCUUGAAAGUUUGAGAAAGUUUACCAAAAAUAACCCUUGGGCUAAUGGACACGGAAAUGAAGAUGAAUCAUCAGAUCUUUAUUCAAUUCCAAUUGAAUCUAAUACAGGUAUCAACAAUUUCUCUGGACAAUAUAGUUCCGACUCCAACACAAAUAGCAGCAACUUUUCUUCAAUGAUAUAUAAUACAAAUAUCCCACGGUGAUCUAAAGAAGGCCAAAUAGUUCUUCAAUGUUGAAUUUUUUGAUGUAAUAUUUUGCUUUUGAUUUGUACUUUUCUCUUUGGAUAUCGGUUUGCACAGAAAAUUAUUCCUUCAAGAGCCUAUUGCCUUUAGGGUCAAACUUCGGGUGAAGC